AUGGCAUCAUUCAGAAUUCACGAGGACCAAGAAAACACAGCUCUAGGGCUUAGAAAGGAUGGUGAUGUAUUUUCAGCGGCCUCCCAACGGCGAGCGCUAGGAGAUCUUAGCCAAUUUGCUUGUAACCAAAACAGAAAUGUGAAGCACGCCGGAUCGACGAAUGGACCUUGUAAAGUUCAAGAUGAAAAUAGAACACUACGGCAGAUCAAAAAUGAAAAAAAUAUUGUACCCCCUGUGGCCCAAUUUCGCGCCUUUAGUGUGUACGAAGAUACGAGUGAGGUUGACAUGAAAAAAAGGGAACCUACCUUCAAACCAUUCAUCCCUAAAGAAAUUCGAAAAGAUAAUUUUUUCAUUAAUGCCGCAGAGAAUGUCAGGGCCCUUUGUGUUCAAGUGGAAAAACAGAAACAAGAGCAACAACCUAAAGAAGUUCCCUCCGUUAGACAACCACUUGAGGAGAAGAAAGAAAAAGAUGUGGUUGAAUCACCUAUGUCAGUGGUUGACUCCAGCAUCCUGUCUAUGUCAAUCUCAAAGAAUGAAAGCCAGGUCAUUGAAGAUAAUGAAGACACCACAACUGCACAGACAGACAGGGAAAUGUUUUUCCAUGUUGUGGAGUACAGGCAGGAUAUAUAUGACUAUAUGAGGGAAAUUGAGGUAAAAAAUAGAGCCAAUCCCCGCUAUAUGCGCAAACAGCCAGAUAUAACCCAUGUAAUGCGGUCCAUACUUAUUGACUGGCUGGUUGAAGUGUGUGAUGAAUACGGACAACAGAGUGAGACAUUACAUCUAGCAGUCUCAUAUGUGGAUCGUUUCUUGUCAUAUAUAAGUGUUGUACGAACAAAGCUGCAGCUUGUGGGCACUGCUGCUACAUACAUUGCCGCCAAAUAUGAAGAAGUAUAUCCACCGGAGGUAUCAGAAUUUGUGUACAUAACAGAUGACACAUAUACGAAACGUGAAGUACUGCGCAUGGAGCACCUCAUCCUCAAAGUUCUGUCUUUUGAUCUCUCUGCACCCACCUCUCUGGCAUUCCUGUCACAUUAUUGCAUAUCGAAUGCUAUACCUAAGAAAAUAUUCCAUUUGGCUGCUUACAUAGCCGAGCUGUCUCUCCUGGAAGCUGAACCGUAUUUGCAGUUCAAGCCGUCUAUAAUAGCAGCAAGUGCUCUGGCCACGGCCCGUCACUGUCUACUGUGUGAACGCAGCGUCUGUGACCUGAGGAGCAACAAUGAACAACCUGUACAUGCACAGUGUGCUAAUACUGCGUGGCCCGCAGCGCUGGUGCAGAGCUCGGGGUACAGCUGGGGCGAGCUGGCGACGUGCCUGCGCGAGCUGGCGCGCACGCACGCGCACGCCUCGCGGCAGCCCUACCAGGCGAUACCAGACAAGUAUAAGAGUAACAAAUUCGACGGCGUCUCGACAAUCGAACCCAAACCAAUGUUCCCAGUAGCCAAGUACCAGCCGCCGGCCGCUGCCAACGCCGCUCGCACUAGC